AUGUCUAAUAACCCAUCCAAGGCUAAUAUAUUCUACAGUCUCCCUCCUGAUAAAAUAAUCAAGCCCCCGGAAUUUCCGCCGCGGCCUGACUUAUUCGACGAAGUCCAAUGGGCUCCGUACAUCUCUCCCGAGAAUGCAAAGCUCGCCCGUCAGCUUUGGGAACUUCCGGACUCGAUCCUUGGCAGUGUGACCAGUCGAAAUGGCCGUUUCCAUCCCCGCCCUGCCACAGCAAUGGAUGCCUUGGCGUAUAAUGUCUAUGAGCAUCUGAUGCAACAGCACAUGAUCCCACCUUCGCAAGAUGACUGGGAGCAAAGAUGGAGAGACACCACGCUUCACAACAAAACUUGGUCAGUCGAGGAAAUCUUCAAUCCUGCAAAGGGGUUACAUGCGCAAUACUCGGACGGCCCGAUCCUGGUACAGGGACACGGUGUAUUAAGCGCACCAUAUUGGACUGUGGCCAGACUGAAAGCAGAGCUACACAGCCGCGGACUGGAUGCUUCGGGACGCUCAGCGGACCUUCGAAGGCGUCUGCACGACCACGAGCGCCGAUCCCGGGGGCAUACUUUUUUACCGAAAAGCGAUCUCUCGCAUUGGGGAGUGAAUAGAAACGACAACUUUACAUUCAAACUCUCGGUGACGAACGCCCUCAAGCCUCUUGACAUGUAUACCUGGGCCAUCAUGUUGAGUCCCUACAACCCUGCCUAUUGGCUGAGCCGGGCUUACUGCUAUUAUUUGCAAGCGUUUUUCGACCUCGCAAUUGGCGACGCCUAUCGAGCACAACUUCUCUGUGAAGUACUGAACGAUGUUCGGCAGCGAAACCGCCAGCCUGGGCUCUAUCUGCGAAUCUGGAACGCGAUUGAACAACAUAUCCUGGCAGAUGCUCGGAAUGACAACGAUUCAACUAAGUGGGAGACUGAGACGCUACGGGGAGUGAACGGAAUUAACUCCUUUGUAGCUACCAUCCGCAGAGCACUACAUAACAUAAUUAGCCUCAGUCUUGCAGCACUUGGUUCCUGGAAGGACUACAAGGUGAUGGAACAUUAUCUGCCGGAGAGAGUCAUCUUUAAGAAUGAUCGUGAUGCAAGUGUCUUCGAACGCCGAAAAAGAGUCCUAAAAGAUACGGCCAUUGAGUAUAGAGACAAACGGAGCAAGGAGCGCCUUUUCUACCACGAGGAAAAUGCCGGGAACGUCAACGGCGGAAAAGAGUAUCCGUACGAGGCAAACGAUAAAGACCGGACCACGAACGUGUCACUGGAACUCAUAAACAACAAUGCUUUCAGGGACUAUCCAAAGUGCAAAGUUCGAGCGAGUGAUGAAGACGACUCACUGUUUGUCGUCGCGACAGAGGAUAUCGAGCAAAAGACAUUGAUCUUUGCAGAGGAGCCUUCGAUCCGAGCGCACCUGGGCGUGACCCGGCUCGCAGAAGAUCAAGUUCCAUACGAGUCAAAGCCUCGAUGUGAAAAUUGCCGCAGGCCCAUCAAUGCUGCUGUUCUCGCUCGGUAUGAUAGCGAAAGCCUUGCCAUCAAGAACGGGACCCAUCCAGAAGCUUGUCCCUGUCAUCUCCUAGAGGCUAAAGAGCAUAUGUAUUUCUGUCCAGCAGAUCCGCAACAGGGAACCACAUGCCUACAGAUAGCCCAAAAGUUAUAUCAUUACCGGGCCUGUGGAAAGAAUUGGGACUGGCUACACGAUGCAAUGCGUGCUAGAAUCACGCCCUGGAAAUUGUUCCAUCACUACCCCGGUCUCGACGACUAUCUCAAGCAACAUCUAAAUAAUUAUUUGGAUUUCUUUACGCACACAAACGAGAAACACGGGACAGCCUUGAGUCUCCUCCUACGAGAAGUCUUUGAUAUCACCCUGAUGAGACGUAUGCAGACGGGCGACGCAAAUCUCAUGGCGCAUGAAAUCGACGAGCUAGCCAUGCUUGAGGAUCCCAAGUCCUGGUCCAACAGCUGGUUCCCGUUCACGUUUGCCGCAAACAUCCGCGUUCCUUUUGACAUCCUCCUGCAGCUGGGUGUCGACAUAUUCAGCGACCUAACUUUCGACACCUGGGUCAUCCAGACCGUCCUACGGAAACUGAUCAUCAACGCCGUCCCCUGGGACGAGAAAUGGCGUGGAACCGCCGAACGAGUUAAGCGAGAAGGACUUGAUAAACACGGAGAACUGCCAAGCACAGCUGAGCAGAGAGCUAUGAUAGAGCAGAAGAAGAGCUUCGACGUGUUUGAUUCGGACUUCCAAACGCUAUACGUGUUCUCUGGGUUUAGCUUGUUCAACCACGCCUGUAACUACCGAGGACACAAUGCAAACUGGGGAUAUGACAAGGAGGUCCCGAAUCGUAUUCUCGUGUGGGCUGCUGAGGAUAUCCCAAAGGGCACCGAGAUACGCAUCCCAUACAAGUUCAGGCCGAUGUCUUCUAUGUCUGCGCGCCGUAUCCUCGGGAAGGAUUGCCAGUGUCCUCGCUGCUGUGACGGCUACGACUCGAGCGAAGAAGACGAUGAUUCCGAUGACGAGCACUACGACCAGAACAACGGCCAGAACUAUUCCCAGAAUUAUGCCCAGGAUUAUGACGAGGAUUAUGACCAGAACUACACCAUGGACUAUGCCCUGAACUGCGCCCGUCACUACGCCCAUAACUACAACCACCACAACGAUAGCCCGCCCUACGGCCCUCCUGAAGAAAGAGAAGGUGACACAGAAAGCCUCCUCACCGAAGAACUCGAGCACCUAGAAAGAAGCAACACCUCCGCACGAAUCCUACGCGAAGGCAGCGGCCCAAAUGGACCUCCUAGCGUCAACCAAUUACUCUCCAACCCGUACGAGCCGGAGCGGCCGCGGUCUUCGCAAAUCUCGCCAAUCACAGAGCAGGCACAACAAGCAGAGAAUAUACAGUUUGUGGAAUCGUCGCCACGACAGCAGUCAUCGGAAUCGCAGUCAUCACAGCAAUCAAGUCCUUCGGGACCAUCAGAUUCAGCACGGGCUAUGUUUCCACCACCACGACCACGAGCGCAACUAAGACAAACACACCCCAGGCCGUUGCCACCAGGCCUUAAGACGAAGAUCACUUGCCCUAAUCGUCUGUCCCAAGAGUGGCAAGCUGCUUAUUAUGCCUCUAUGUCCAAGUCCGCAUCGGGUAUUAGGGCGAAGAACUCGAAUAUUUUGACAAGGUCGAAUAUGAGGAAUUUGAUGGCGAAUACUCCGAGUAGUCCGCGUGUUUCAAGUUCUCUGAGCCGUUCGGGUAGUGACUCGAAUCCGGAUCCGUAUCGCUAUCCACCCCAUGAUCCGAGUCGGGACCAUAAUCGAGACCGGGACUCGGACCCUCACGCGGAUCACGGCCAGGGCCAGGGUCAACAUCAGGAUCGCUACACAGAAUACCAAUACCAGGACCAAAGUCAGGAUUAUGGUCAGGAUCAGGGUCGCGACCAAGAUCAAAAUCAAAGUCAAAACCAGGAUCAGGACCAAAGCCAGAGUCAAAACCAAGGCCAAAAACGGGGUGAGAACCAGAGUCAGACCGAGAGCCAAAGUCAAGACCAGGACCGAAAUCAAGCUGUGACCCAGACUCAAGAUCACCGUGAGACCCAGAGUCGAAAACGAAAGGAUCCUUCUGUAAUUAAUCGCUUUGCGAAGCUUUUGAGACGAUAUUAA